AUGAGUACACAACAAGAUCGUGGUCGAGCUCGUGGACGUGGUCGAAUGACAGCUAUACCAGAAAAAAAUGAUGAAAUUGGUCGACCAGGCGAUAUUGCUGGAGCUAUACAAUCAACUGCGGCGCUCAGUUCUCAAACAUUAAUUUCUGGAACUGGUUAUGUUCAUUCAACGUCGCCAUCAUUAAUACCAAGUGAAACAAUAACAGAAAGUGAUGCAGCAAAUCCAGAAAAAUUUCGUCGUGGUGGAGCGCCUACUAUUAUGCAAUCGGCGCCACGUGGGAAAGGUGUUGAACAUUUGAUUGGUGAAUUUGCUCAAAUGUCAGUCCAUUCACUCGGACGAAGUUCAUCAAGAAGUAUUCCAUGGUCAGACUUGCCGCGUACACGUCCUGAAAGUUGCAUAGAUAAACGGGGUACUUCUGGUGAUGUAAUUCCACUGAUAGCUAAUUAUAUCAAAAUUCUAUCAGCACCAACGUGGGAACUAUUUCAGUAUCAUAUUGGUUUCAAACCAGAUAUUAUUGAACAACGAAAGAUGCGUCGUGAAUUGAUCAUUCAACAUAGAGAGUGUAUAAAAGACGUGGCAUUCGAUGGUACAACAAUGUAUUCGUUUGAUGAUCUUGGAGAUGAAAAAUUGUUUCAUAGUCGACAUCCAGUGACGAACGAAAAUAUUGAUAUUAUACUAAGAAAAACGGCAAAAAGUUCACCCGAAUCACCAAAUUUCUUUCAUUUGGCGAAUUUAAUCGUUCGAAAAUUAUUGCAAAUAUCAGGUAUGAAAAUGAUCGGACGAAACUAUUAUCAAUUUGAUCGAAAAAUUGAACUGGAACGAUAUCGUUUAACAUUAUUUCCUGGUUUUAUGACAAAUGUUAACGUGUAUGAAGGUUCAUUGAUGAUCAACGUCGACCUUUCACAUAAGGUCAUAAAUAAAACAACAAUCUAUCAACGUCUUCAAGAUAUUUUUAAUCAGACUAAUGAUAUAAAAAGAGCACAAGAUAUUGCAACAAAAGAAUUAGUUGGACAAAUUGUUUUAACAACAUACAAUAGCAAAACGUAUAAAUUGGAUGAAAUUGCAUGGGAUAAAGAUCCAAAAUUCGCAUUUAAAAAACGUGACGGUAGAGAACAAUCGUUAGUACAAUACUAUAACGAACGUUAUCGCUUACAAAUAUCCGAUGAAGCACAACCGUUAUUGCUUAGUAAGCCAUCAAAAAGAGAUCGUCGUGCUGGAAUAACCGGACCGAUAAUGUUUAUGAGAGAAAUGGCUCAACAUACUCAUGUUGACCCAAUGAUACGUUAUGCUCGAUUAAAUGAGUUUAUUCAUGAUAUUUAUGAUAAUAAAGAAGCACAAAAAGAAUUGGAGAAAUGGAAUAUCAAUUUGUGCGAUAAUUUAGUUGAGUUUGAAGCUCGUAUUCUUGAUAAUGAGCAAAUUUUGUAUAAUGAUCGUGCUAUUCAAUAUAAAUCAGAAGAAGCUGAUUGGUCUCGAGAAGGACGGGCGAUGAAACAUAUUAAUGCAAAAAAUCUAAAUAACUGGAUCCUCGUUUAUCCAUUGAAAGAACAAGUGACAGAGUUCAUCUAUUCAUUGCGUCACGUAUGUCAACCAAUGGGCAUGAAUGUCGAAUCUCCUGAUACUGUCCAAUUACCAAAUGAUAGGUCCGAAACAUAUCUCGAUGCAUUAACAGCCAAAGUGAAAAAGAAUACCGAUUUAGUUUUGUGUAUAUUACCAAAUGAUCGAAAAGAUCGAUAUGAUGCAAUAAAAAAAUAUCUUUGUUUGGACAAUCCAGUCCCAUCUCAGAUGGUUUUAUCAAAAACAUUGUCAAAACGAGGUCAAUUAAUGUCAGUUGCAACGAAAAUUGGAAUUCAACUAAAUGCCAAGUUAGGUGGCGAAAUAUGGGGCGUUAAUAUUCCGUCAAAAACAUUAAUGAUAAUUGGCAUUGACUCAUAUCAUGAUUCGAGACAUAAAGAUGUCUCAGUCGGGGCGUUCGUUGCCAGCGUGAAUCCAUCGUGUACAAGAUAUUAUUCACAAAUUAUCUAUCAACGAACAACGCAAGAAUUGAUGGAUGGUCUAGCACGAUGUAUUCGUGAUUCAUUAUCAGAAUUUCAUCGUGUUAAUAAUGCAUUGCCAGAGAAAAUUGUUCUUUACCGUGAUGGUGUUAGCGACGGUCAAUUAGCUGUGGUGGCCGAGCACGAACUACCACAAAUUGUCAGUACUUUUCCGAAAAUUAUGCCUGGUUAUGAACCAAAAUUGGCGGUCGUUAUUAUUAAAAAACGUGGAAAUGCGCGAUUUUUUGCCAGAAAUGGUCGAAAUAUAAUAAAUCCGCCGCCUGGAACCAUCAUCGAUCAUACAGUAACAAAUUCAGAUUGGUACGAUUUUUAUUUGAUAUCACAAUGUGCAAGACAAGGAACAGUGGCACCGACACAUUAUAAUGUUAUUUGGGAUCGAACAAACUUGAAAGGUACAAUUCGUGUUCCAGCUGUUUGUCAAUAUGCACAUAAACUAGCAUUUUUGGUUGGCCAAUCAUUACACCAAGAUUUUCAUCCGACAUUAGCAGACAAACUAUUUUAUUUAUAG